CUGUCGUCGGGUGGAGCGGAUGGACACUCUAGAGCGGCGCGGCAGGCCAGAACGCGCCGCAGCCGACGGGCGCCUUAUCAGCCAGUUCGUUACCAAAGACGCCAUGGUGUUCGGGGACGAGGCACAGUGGAAGAACGGAGUACCACAAGGAGCAAGAACAGCAGACGAGCCCAAGCUGUGUCCUGUAAACGUCGAAUCAUUUCUGGACAGCGGGGAGCUUGCCGACUUCGAAUUCGUGGUGAAAUCCGUGGAUCAGAAUCAGGUCAUCGUGAAGCGGUUCCGUGUGCACAAGCAGUUCCUGGCCAUGCGAAACGAAGUGUUCCGCGCUAUGUUCUAUGGAGACAUUGCGGAGAAGAGCCAAGUAACCAUCACCGACAUACACCCCGACGGUUUUGAGCUGUUGCUCAGAUUUCUCUACUCUGGUAAGAUGAAGAUGGCGAGCAUCGACGACGCUUUACGCACCAGGUUCGCCGCCAAGAAAUACCUUGUGGAGCAGCUCGAGGAAGCAUGCAGUGCCUACAUUACGAAGAACCUCAGUGCCGAACGGCUGUGCUCGUUCAUAGACUACUACAUGCGGAACAGCUAUCCCGACAUGGAUGGCGCCGUGGCAGCGAUUUUGAAUUCAGACAAAGCUCCGGCCGUACUCGCCUCCAAAGAAUUCAACGUGGCUCUCGAGGAAACCGUCCGGUACAUCGUGGAUAAAAUCAGGAAGGUUCCCGAACACAGCGUUGCCUGUGCCGUUUUCGGCUGGGCCCAAGAACAGUGUUUGCGGAGCCUGCAGACGGACAGACCGCUAGAACUUAAGACGCUUGUGCGUUCCUUCUUUCCCAAGAUACGAUUCUUGACCAUGACGAUGGAGCAGUUUCUCAAUGGCCCGGGUUCCUGGGGCGUCCUGGACGACGCUCAGAUCGUCGCCCUGCUGCGAGGCAUCGUGAGUCGCGGAUGGGGCCCGCUGCCCGCAGGGUUCUGUGACAUCAUCAUCGAUCGCUUCAAUUUGUGACCGAAGCUUCAGUGACAAAACGUGAACUGUUUCUGGAAGCCACCUAUUUUCUGGAAGCAGCGAGCGCAUCUGCGGACUUGUUAUUUUGAGGAAACAUACAGAAUUACGCGUUGCACUUAGCUACAAGCUCAUCGCCUUCCCAAAGCUGGGGAGUGGUCUGCCAAUAUAAAAACUGCAAAGGUUGGUAAUCUUACUAGCAAGAGAUAAAGUCGCCUUCACAAGCAAGGAGGCCAAGUUUAAUAGUUACGCUUCAGGGUGCAGUAGGUAUCGACAUAUUCGAGCUCGAUAUCACUUAAAGAACACAUAUAGUCAAAUAUCAGCUAUAAUCGUGUUCCAGUGUGCUACAUGAAACCUUUCUGUGCCAAUAAAAUUUGUG